UGAAGGGACCAGCUUGUAAAGUAGCGAACACAAAGCUUUAUGUUUUAUUUAUUUAGCUGUUUAUACUCGCUCUGUAGCGUGGCACACAGGCAGCUCUAACUAUCAGGGGAUCUGAAUUACAGUUUGAAGUGCAAGAUGAAGUUUUUUCUUGUGAUGAUUUUCUUCUUGAUCCAUCGUCCUGUAGCUAACUGUUAUCACAGCAGCGAUUCAGACAGUGAUGAGGUAAGAAUGCAUUCUCAUCACUCUAGCAGUGAGUCUGACAGUGAUGAGAGCGGUCAUCGCCGCCCGUUUCGGCCCAGGCCGUUUCCUCCCUGGUCUAUCCCUACUUGGCUGUUUCCUGGUCUGUGGCCGCCACCACCACCACCUCCUGCCCCAGCUCCACCUCCACCUCCACCUCCAGCACCAAAAACAACCACAACCACGACCACAACUACAACCACAACAACAACCACCACCCCAGAGCCCCCCAAGACCACAGUAGUUACCACCACCGAGAGCCCGCGAGGAGACAACAGCUAGAACUGAUCUGAGAACAGGAAUAACAGAUUGAGUUACUCAGUAAUAAGGA